AUGAAUUGGUACUUAAUGUACAAAAACAGAAAUACUAGAGGAAAAACAAGUUUGACGAGUUUUUUUUUUUUAAAUAAAAGGGGAGUACUCCAAUCAAAAUUUCAAAAAAAAAAUGAUACGUCUUACAAUGUUCCGUUUAAAGUAAGUAGAACAACCUCCGGAAAUUUACCCGUUUACCCCAAGAUAAGAAGACAUGGUACAAUAGUCACAACAGUUGUUCGUCACAUUUACGGGGACAUAAAGGUAUUCAAGGAGCACUUAAGGAACAUAUGCGAAGCACCCGUUAGGGAGCACAUAGGGUACGUGGAAGUGAAAGGGCUGCAUACAUUAAAAAUUAAGCAGUGGUUGCAACAUAUGGGAUUUUGA